GGGAGGGGCGCCAGCGAAAGUUGCCGGCGCCCGAGCCGCCGCUCCUGUGCCAUGGAGCCCGGCCCCGCCGCGCCCGCCGGGCCUUCCCGCUCCUUCAAGGAGGAGCUGCUCUGCGCCGUCUGCUACGACCCCUUCCGCGAUGCGGUGACGCUGCACUGUGGCCACAACUUCUGCCGCGGGUGCGUGAGCCGCUGCUGGGAAGUGCAGGUGGCGCCCACCUGCCCGGUGUGCAAGGACCGGGCGUCGCCCGCCGACCUGCGCACCAACCAUACCCUCAACAACCUGGUGGAGAAGCUACUGCGCGAGGAGGCCGAGGGCGCGCGCUGGACGGGCCCCCGCUCCCCGCGCCUCUGCCGCUCGCACCGCGGCCAGUUGAGUCUCUUCUGCCUCGAGGACAAGGAGCUGCUGUGCUGCUCGUGCCAGGCCGACCCCCGGCACCGGGGACACCGCGUGCAGCCCGUGAAGGACACUGCCCAGGACUUUCGGGCCAAGUGUAGAAACAUGGAGCACACACUGCGGGAGAAAGCCAAGGCUUUCUGGGCCAUGCGACGCUCCUACGAGGCCAUCGCCAAGCACAACCAGGUGGAGGCUGCCUGGCUGGAAGGCCGCAUCCGGCAGGAGUUCGACAGGCUCCGAGAGUUCCUGAGGGUGGAGGAGCAGGCGGUUCUGGACGCCGUGGCCCAGGAGACCAGGCAGAAGCAGCUUCUGGCCGAUGAGAAGAUGAAGCAGCUCACAGAAGAGACUGAGGUGCUGGCCCACGAGAUCGAGCGGCUGCAGAUGGAACUGAAGGAAGACGACAUCUCUUUUCUUAUGAAACACAAGAGCCGAAAGCGCCGGCUCUUCUGCACCGUGGAGCCGGAGCCCAUCCAGCCUGGCUUGCUCAUCGACCCCUGCAGGUACCUGGACUCCUUGCAGUACCGCGUCUGGAAGAAGAUGAUCGGUUCCAUCAAAUCUGUGCCCUUCAGCUUCGAUCCCAACACCGCAGCCGGCUGGCUCUCAGUGUCUGAUGACCUCACCAGCGUCACCAACCACGGCUACCGCGUGCAGGUGGAGAACCCGGAGCGCUUCUCCUCAGCCCCCUGCCUGCUGGGCUCCCGCAUCUUCUCGCAGGGCUCCCAUGCUUGGGAGGUGGCCCUGGGUGGGCUACAGAGCUGGCGGGUGGGCGUGGUGCGGGUGCAGCCAGACGCAGGUGCGGAAGGCCACUCGCACAGCUGCUACCAUGACACGCGCUCGGGCUUCUGGUACGUGUGCCGCACGCAGGGCGUGGAGGGGGACCACUGUGUGACCUCGGACCCGGCCACCUCACCCCUGGUCCUGGCCAUCCCACGCCGCCUGCGUGUGGAGCUGGAGUGCGAAGAGGGCGAGCUGUCCUUCUAUGACGCGGAACGCAACUGCCACCUGUACACCUUCCACGCGCGCUUCGGGGAGGUGCGGCCCUACUUUUACCUAGGGGGUGCGCGGGGUGAUGGGCCCCCUGAGCCCUUGUGCAUCUGCCCCUUGCGUGUCACUAUUAAGGAAGAGCUGGACAGCUGAACCGGCCCCGGGCCUGCUUUAUUCCUGCCUCUUCUGAAGCCCACUCGGCCUGGGCACCUCUGCCUGCUGCCUUGGUGCCAGCAUCCUCUGCCAUUCUCUCUUGCCUUUUUCUGUGACUCUAGGCCCCACACCUCUUCAUGUUUGGUUCCUUCUCUGCCCAGAUAAAAGCCAUCCAGGGCUCCAGGCUCAACCCAGGGUUUGGUACCUUCAGAGUGUGGGUUUUUUGAGUCCUCAUUUGAAGAUUUCUGGAGAAGAUGUUUACUUCUAGAACAUGCCUGUUUUAAAAUGUAGGUUUUAAUUCUUUUCCAGGUAUGGUUAAACCAACUAAUCAAGAGAUGACUGCUAUUGGAAAGAGUAUGUCACUCAUUUUCCAAGAGAAAGGGGCAUGCCAUGCCACAUGAGCCACACAGGAAAGCACCAGGGUCAGCCAGGGCACCAAGGGAAAGAGGGGAAGGUGCUGGCAGAGCCUCUGUUGUGGCUUUCCUGGGCAGGAGUGGUUGGGGCAGCAUAGACAGGCUGGACAGGUGGAGGAUUCGCCGGUCUUGUGUGACUGCAGCGGGCGCUGGUGUGGGGACUGCCCCUAGUGUUCUGACACUUGCCCUAGAGCGAUCAGGACGAGAGACGGCCUGGCCUGAGAGCCUGAUCCAGAGGUGGCGAGGUUGCGUAGGUCCAGGUUGGCUGGUGUCCCAGGACAGGCAGACUCCAGGCCCAUUGUUGGGGUGGGAUUGGCCAGCCGGGGGCUGCAGUCACUCCAGUGCCAGCAAGUCCCCAUGUGCUAGAAUCUCAGGAACUCAGCAAAUAAGCAAGCAGCACAGGGCUCAGCUUAGCUAUCACUCUAUAGUACUAUUUUAAAACUUGCACAGAUCUUCCUGGGGGUCCUGUAGGGUGGGAGGCAAAGCUGCUCAUCCCCUUUGAUAACUCCAGUUUACCUGGUUAUACAUUAAUAGCCGAUUUCCUCUGAACCAAGAGUUCCAGAGCACUUAAGAACAAACUUAAAAAUCAUAGCGUCAACCUGUCCCUCGCUGGGCCUCAGUUUCCUCAUCUGUAAACAAGACAGUAGGACUAGAAGGCUGUCCUUCCAUCAUUACUGUGGAGUAAGUUCCUCUGGUGAAGUUGUGAGAAGGGCAGGAAAGAGGUGCCCUUCCAGUUAAGAAGAAAGGACGGGUGUGUCUGAGGGAGGCCGGUGGUGAGAAGGGGAGGCAGUGACCCUGCCUCGUGCCACUUGUCACUGACCUCAGCUGGCUUGCUCCCUGUGGGGCUUCCUCCUUAUUUCUCCCUCUGCUGUAUACCUCCACCUUUUCCUCCUCACGCCUGGAAGUGGUUUCUCAUUGCCAGCUCACUGUGUCCCAGGAACUGGCAACAUGGAAGGAAAUACUGUCCUGUGGGUGCAGUGUUACAAUUAGGGGCACGUUUCAGCCUGCUGCCUGUGUCCCCCCUCACAAAACCUGAUGUUCUAAACAGUGGUUAGGAGUCCUGGUUAUAAUGUGUUGUGCACAUUAGUUAUAAAACCAGUGGGGUGGGA